GUUUUUUUUUUCUUUUUACCCGGGCGUAAUGAAGACCGUUGGUGUGAGUUAAAGUGGUGUUUUCGCGCGCGUAAUACCACGGCGUAAUCAUAGAUUGGCACGGUAAUAUUGAGGGUAAGAUGAGCCCGACCUCCCAGGGCGCCCUGGAGGUGGAACGUUACAUUGGAAGCUGUUUGAUAUCGUCUAGUGCUCGACCUGCGCUUCACAAGAGUGUCAAGAAACAGCAAGAACAAAUUUGUCGAGGUAAACCUCGAUACUCCCAACAAACGUUCGGCUCGUCAAACCCCACCGAUCAGUCUCAGGUCCAGUAUGCUCCCCAGGGUGGCUGGGCCGGCACUCCUCUUAUAUCUAUGACGACUUCUCCCCGGAGGAAUAACCAUCGCUUGUCACCCACCCUCCAACAACAACAACAACAACAACAGCAGCAGCAACAAUUAAUCAGUGAGACUGACCAAGGAAAUCCGCAUCAACGAAACCCACUUUCACGACUCGCUAUUCACACCCAAGGUGCCCCGCUAAUUUUGUCGGGUCGAUUCAACGCCUGGGGAAAAUUACACAACGGUAACGCUGGGACAAAUAACAAUAACAACGGCAACAACAACAACAACAAUAACUGCAGCAACAACAACAACAACGUCGCAGGGGGCAAUACGAAUUUUGGGAUCGGAACGCGAUGCGCACCCCCGCGUUUUCAGCGUAGUGGAGACCCGUUGAAAAAGGCCGGUAAUUUGAGUCAAGGGUCAUCUGGUAAGGAGAUGAACGGAGGAAACGUGGCGAAUAUAGACUCGCUGAGUAUCGCGAGUGACGAGAGUUCGGGAUCGAACAAUUCGGAGAACAGUUUGCCGAGGAUAAUAAAGCCGAGGAAGCGUAGAAAGAAGGAUCGGAAACCACCGAACGUGACGACAGAGAUUUCGAAAUCCGAGGAGCUCCCAGCUGGGGGCGUCUCCGAGGCGUCUAGCAUAGUCACGCUCAAGCCUUACGUGCCCGUCUGCUAUGAGAGAUUCGAAUCCCACCGGACGCCGCCGCCUGGUGGUAAUCGCCGGCCGCCGACGAGCAGAGAAAGUUAUUCUUCCGGGCGACCCCAUUCGACUCAGGAGAUCGUUGACACGAGGCAAAGAUACCACCGGCACCACGUCAAGGUCCUCGACAACAACCGAAACGUCCUCGCCAUGCCGUCUGGCCGCAUCCAGCAACCCGGCGUCGAGGCGAGGAUCUACAGGAACACGGGUCACCAGUUCGUCCACGUGGUUGACGGGGUCAACGAGGUGACGGGGUGCAAGGAGGGUGUCUUUGACGGCCCGGGAUCAUGCCAAUGUCGCUACUGCGACCCCUCAGGCCUGAUUUGGGAUGUCGACCAGAAUGGAUACUCGCCGUACUUGACGCCGCCGCCGACGACCGAUUACAACAGUCCUCACUUCUCAUCCGUGCCGUUGUUCUUGUCGCAGGGAAUCAACGGGCAGGCAGAAAAAGCGGUCGAGUAUCUCGAGGAGUCAGCUUCCAUACCGACGUUCUAUCAUGAGAGAGAGAACGCCGCGUUGAGGAGGAGCUGGAGUGAUCCGACAAGCUUCUUCAGCGACGAGAUAACCCCUAAUCGAGGCGUUGGGGUCAUUGGUGACAGGGCACCUCCUGUCGAGACGAGUCGAACGAAACACGCGACCUCUUGGAGGGGCUGGAACACCGGGAGUGCCGCUACGUCUCCCGGGACAUCCCAGGGACUCGAGGUGUCGACUGAGAUUGUGACUUCGCUGAAUGGUCAUCGCGAUAUCGAGAUUAAGUUCUACUCUUCGUCUCCUCCUACGGCUGUAACCGAUGACUGCAAGUCGGGAUUCGCAUUUCCGGACGAGGAUUUAAGCGACAUUUGGAGCUACCAUGAGUCCAAGCUGCAGCAGGACUUCCGCACGCUCCUGCAGGCUGAGGAGUGAGUGAUCAGUGCUGGACUCAGUUAGUGAGUGAUCAUGAUCGAAGCGAUUGACGAGAAUUUUUGCCUCGUGAAAGCCUAUCGCUGUUCGGGUGAACCGCAAAAAAUUUGUUGCGU